GGCGGGCGGAGCUGCGGGCGGCGUGGGCGGAGGAGCAGCCGGCCUGGCGGGCGGAGCAAGCGGCGGGCGGAGCAAGGGGUGGGAGGGCGCGCGCGAGCGGGCGGGCGGGCGAGUCAGCGAGCGGCGUCUCCGCCAGCAUCUGCCGCGGCCGCCUUUGCCCGAAGCCCGGGGACGAACCGACGGACAGACCUCCUGGCACACGGACGCGGGCGCUCGCUUUGUGUUAGGGGCCAGCUUCGUCGAGGCGCGGGCUUGCAGCGCAAGGCUUCCCCGCUUCCUCGCGGCCACCCCGGCUCCGGCGGCCUCGGCGCAGGAGAGGCUGGAGGUGCGGGAGCCGCUCUCCGCCGGUCGGUCCCCGCGCGGCUGAGCCCAGGCCGCCCGCGCCGCGGCCCCGUGCGGCGUCCCUGAGCUCCUGCUCCCCGCCGGGCUGCUCCGAGCGACGGUGCUUCGGGGCUCUAAACUCGGGCUGCCGUGGCAAGUGUCUUCAUGAACCCAGAGGAUGUCCGGGAAGCACUACAAGGGUCCUGAAGUCAGUUGUUGCAUCAAAUACUUCAUAUUUGGCUUCAAUGUCAUAUUUUGGUUUUUGGGAAUAACGUUUCUUGGAAUUGGACUGUGGGCAUGGAAUGAAAAAGGAGUUCUGUCCAACAUCUCUUCCAUCACCGAUCUCGGCGGCUUUGACCCAGUUUGGCUCUUCCUUGUGGUGGGAGGAGUGAUGUUCAUUUUGGGAUUUGCAGGGUGCAUUGGAGCGCUACGGGAAAACACUUUCCUUCUCAAGUUUUUUUCUGUGUUCCUGGGAAUUAUUUUCUUCCUGGAGCUCACUGCUGGAGUUCUAGCAUUUGUUUUCAAAGACUGGAUCAAAGACCAGCUGUAUUUCUUUAUAAACAACAACAUCAGAGCAUAUCGGGAUGACAUUGACUUGCAGAACCUCAUAGACUUCACCCAGGAAUAUUGGCAGUGCUGUGGGGCUUUUGGAGCUGAUGAUUGGAACCUAAAUAUUUACUUCAAUUGCACAGAUUCCAAUGCAAGUCGAGAGCGAUGUGGCGUUCCAUUCUCCUGCUGCACUAAAGACCCUGCAGAAGAUGUCAUCAACACUCAGUGUGGCUAUGAUGCCAGGCAAAAACCAGAAGUUGACCAGCAGAUUGUAAUCUACACGAAAGGCUGUGUGCCCCAGUUUGAGAAGUGGUUGCAGGACAAUUUAACCAUCGUGGCUGGUAUUUUCAUAGGCAUUGCAUUGCUGCAGAUUUUUGGGAUAUGCCUGGCCCAGAAUUUGGUUAGCGAUAUUGAAGCUGUCAGGGCGAGCUGGUAGAGCCCCGGCAACCGCUGCUGCAAGACACUGGACAGACCCACCUUCGGGACCCUCCCGCGUGCCGAACUGAUGUCCAAGCUGCAUGGACCUAAUCAGAGUGCAGCCUGCAGUCUCGCCUAAUGGAGCUGCCAUUAGGGGGGUGUAAAACUGGGAAAUGCUGCUCACUGACAGAAUUUUAAAAAAUAAAUAACCAGUAUGAAAGUCGUUGCGCCAUGAAUCUCUACUGUAGCCAUGAAUUGAUGGAUGGUUGGAUGCUUACCAAAAAAGAGAAGAAGGGAGGGCGGGGGACCCAGAUGUACUUGAAUUUGUGGAAAAUACAGUCUUGUCCUCUCCUUCCGUAAUUGGAGGGCUGGGAGAGGCAGCUUUGCUCUUCGCCCCACCUUGGACGGACCACCUUCUGUUCCAUGGCCCAUAGGAGUGCAUCUCCUCAAAGAGUCGGCCCCUCGCCUGGGAGGGCACUGGUCUGUCAGCAUCCCUCCAUGUAUGUUUUAGGAAACACUUGCAACUCUCAUCUGAAAAAGAAAACAACUCGUCCUUGGGUUCACGUUUUGUGAUGGUAUUCAACAAGUCACUUGGGCAAGCACACUUGGCCUAUCCUGGAAAGUCUCCUUAUAAGAGAAAUUAUGUAUUUCAUGUGCACCGAGCGAGAACAUCGGAAGACUUCAUGAUGCUGUAUUUUAGCAGGACUGACCUUUUUUCUAAGUAGGCCUGAGCUUUGUUUAUCAGUGAAAUUCAAGGAGAAAACGAGGUUAAUGAAGAGGAAUUAGUUAAAUACCCCCUUCUUCUCACCCUGCCAAAAUUAGCAGUUGGAUUUUUGGAAACUCUGGAAUAUUCUGGGUCAUUUUGUUUUGUUUGUUUGUUGUUUUUCGUCUCCCAAAGGUGAACGCUAUGAUACGGUUCCACUGAAAUUUUGAUGUUUUCUUACUCAGCUCAAGCAUUCAUUUUGAUAAAAUCUUAACCUGCAUGACCUGUGAAUCUGACUCCAUUGUCUCCCUUUCCUGCCAGCUUUUCUGCAAACAUUUAAGUAUGUUAUUUGGUCAGCACUUAUUUCCUAGUUUCACAGUCUUGGGAGGCUGAGGCAUGUCCUCCCAGCCUGGCUGGGGAGAGACCAGCUGUGCCAUCGCACAUGCUUCCAUGGGCUGUCACUCUCUUCCACAGUCGAUCUGAGUGGCCUCUUUUGCACCCUCCCCUUCUUUCUCUGUGAAUGGAAUUAAACCCAAUUUUGAAACAACAUUGACAUGAUCAAAAAGCUUCUAAAUGGUUUCUUUUUCUUCUUCCAGUUUUAGUUUGCUUUUAUUAAAAAAAGAAAAUAGUGCAUGGCCAUAGCUCCUUCAGUUCUCUUAGGCAGACUAACCAUCAGGAUGGUAUCAAAGCACAAAUACUUUGGAGGGGAAUGCGUUGAACUGGGGCAAGUACUCUGUAACACAAAGUGGGAAACCACUUCCUGGUGCUGCCGCCCCUGCCCGCACUUGAGGUGGGAGGGACGAGUCUUGCCGUCUAGAUUUUAAUCCAGUUGGUGUCCACCGGAUGCUGCCCUCCUGGGGAGCAGGUAUCAGUCUGUGGAAUGCUGGGAAAACCACAGGCACAUUUUACGGUGCAGACAGAUUUGCCAGCACAUCCCGGGCAGCCAGCUAGCAUACUUAGUGAAAAUUAAGCAAGGUUUUCUAUUUCAGCCCCAUGGUGCAUUGUGGUGGCUGAUGAAUGUGUCAGUCUGCUCAGAGAAAGAACAGAGAGGAAAUUCUUUUCAAAGCUUGUGUUCACAGUUUGGGUGUGUGUAUGGCUCUGCAUGUGUGUGUUUUUGUCUCUGUAUAGGUAAAGGUGUUCACGUCUUACUCUGACUGUAAGAUUGUCUUGUUUCAUCUCUGUCCCCACCACAGUUGCCAUUUUGUAAUGUCCUUCCAGCACGGAGUAGACAUGAGCCCUCCAGUCGGCAUUGUUUGUCUUUUUGUUGACUGCCUCAUUCUCCAGUGAACUCCAUCUGGUCAGUUGAUUCAGAAUCAGGCAAGAUCCCUGCUCUUUGGCAUAUCCACUGAAAGGCCAAACAGCAAGUCUGAGCGAGUUUUAAAUAUUAAUUAAUCACCCUUUAUUUUUUACACUUGAGAGUGGUUGUAAUAAAGGCUGUCAUUAAUAAACUUGGUUCUACCUUAC